CCUGGCCGUCCCGCAGGUUCCUCGCGGGUGACCCCCUUGCAGGAGAUCGCAGCCAAAAUUGGAGGCGAUGCUGCCACAACCGUGAAUAACAGCACUCCUGAUUUUGGUUUUGGGGGCCAAAAGAGACAGUUGGAAGAUGGAGAUCAGCCAGAGAGCAAGAAGCUGGCUUCCCAGGGAGACUCAGUCAGCUCUCAGCUUGGACCCAUCCACCCUCCACCACGGACUUCAAUGACAGAAGAGUACAGGGUCCCCGACGGCAUGGUUGGCCUGAUCAUUGGUAGAGGCGGUGAACAAAUUAACAAAAUCCAGCAGGACUCAGGUUGUAAAGUACAGAUCUCUCCAGACAGCGGUGGCCUGCCCGAGCGUAGUGUGUCCCUGACAGGAGCCCCAGAGUCCGUCCAGAAAGCAAAGAUGAUGCUGGACGACAUUGUGUCGCGAGGGCGUGGGGGGCCCCCAGGCCAGUUCCACGACAGUGCCAAUGGGGGUCAGAACGGCACUGUGCAGGAGAUUAUGAUCCCUGCAGGCAAGGCCGGCCUGGUCAUCGGCAAAGGCGGGGAGACGAUUAAGCAGCUGCAGGAACGCGCCGGGGUGAAGAUGAUCCUAAUUCAGGAUGGAUCCCAGAACACAAAUGUGGACAAGCCCCUGCGGAUCAUCGGGGACCCUUACAAAGUUCAGCAAGCCUGUGAGAUGGUGAUGGACAUCCUCCGUGAACGUGACCAGGGCGGCUUUGGGGACCGGAAUGAGUACGGAUCUCGGAUUGGCGGGGGCAUCGAUGUCCCGGUGCCGAGACAUUCUGUCGGAGUGGUCAUUGGCCGGAGCGGUGAAAUGAUCAAGAAGAUCCAGAAUGAUGCUGGGGUGCGGAUUCAGUUUAAGCAAGAUGAUGGGACAGGACCCGAGAAGAUCGCUCACAUCAUGGGCCCCCCAGACCGGUGUGAGCAUGCUGCGCGGAUUAUCAACGACCUCCUGCAGAGCCUCAGGAGUGGUCCCCCAGGCCCUCCAGGAGGUCCCGGCAUGCCCCCAGGAGGCAGGGGCCGGGGCCGGGGCCAAGGCAGCUGGGGCCCCCCCGGCGGGGAGAUGACCUUCUCCAUCCCCACCCACAAGUGCGGACUGGUCAUCGGCCGAGGGGGUGAAAAUGUGAAAGCCAUAAACCAGCAGACAGGCGCCUUUGUAGAGAUCUCCCGGCAGCUGCCCCCCAACGGGGACCCCAACUUCAAACUGUUCAUCAUCCGCGGCUCACCCCAACAGAUUGACCACGCCAAGCAGCUCAUCGAGGAGAAGAUCGAGGGUCCCCUGUGCCCCGUCGGACCAGGCCCAGGGGGCCCAGGCCCUGCCGGUCCCAUGGGGCCCUUCAACCCGGGGCCUUUCAAUCAGGGGCCUCCAGGGGCUCCCCCCCAUGCCGGCGGACCCCCUCCUCAUCAGUACCCGCCUCAGGGCUGGGGCAACACCUAUCCCCAGUGGCAGCCACCCGCUCCUCAUGACCCGAAUAAAGCCGCCGCCGCAGCCGCGGACCCGCAAGUGGCCACCGGAGGGGGUCCGGGAGCGCCCCCAGGCUCCCAGCCGGACUACAGCGCCGCCUGGGCUGAGUAUUACAGACAGCAGGCCGCUUACUACGGACAGACUCCCGGUCCCGGCGGCCCCCAGCCGCCUCCCACCCAGCAGGGACAGCAGCAGACUUUCGAUGACAGAGCAGCACUUGGCGAAAAUAUUCUCGGGAGCCUCUUCUGCCAAGAUCUAGAGAAGGGGCGGCCACCAGGGCCAGACCUGAGCCCCCGGCCAGGACAAGCCUGGACCUGGCAGCCUCGAGGGCCCAGUGCCCUCUUCGGCCGCGGGAGCAGCAUGUAA